AUGAACUACGUCGGCAAGCUCCUGGCAAGCCCAAUGGACGUUCGGUUAGCCUCGGAGUCAGCUGAUGGAUCACUGUGCCUCCUAGCAUGGAAAGUGAGCUGGGAUAAACGCAAAGGGUGGAUGACGUUCGUUUGCGUGUAUUCUGGUACCCUCAAGCGCCAGAGUUCUGUGUUCAACGUUACCGGUGGCCAGAAAGAGAAAAUUUCCAAGGUUCUUCUCCUAUACGCUGCGGAAGCACAGAAAGUCGAUUCACUGCCUUACAUCUCUGUCGGAGUCAUUUUGGGCUUGAAGUUCACUCGCACAGGCGACACUCUCGUUGAUGCUCGUCGCUCAUCUAACUCAUCGCACACAUCUCUUCGACGAGUAGUACCAUCAACCCGCGAGGCCUUGCAUGCGGUAUCUCGGACAGACCCCUCUGUUCGAGUUAAUAUGCAGGAGGGCCAAUUACUUGUCCACGGAUUAGGUGCCCUGCAUCUCGAGAUUGUCGAGGGGAGACUAUGGGAUGAGUGGGAUGUCAAUUUUGAACUGGGUAGCCGCCGCGUCAGCUAUCGUGAAUCUCUGGGACCUGGGCCCGGCUCCAACGCAAACAAUUGGGCCACUGAAGUUGCAGGAAAACCAGUUGGUGACUUCGCGCUGACAUUCGGCUUCUGA